AUGGCAAAUGUCGAUGCGGGAGUUUCUACAGACGAGGAGCCACUUAAGAAGAUAUUUGAUGAUGCUAUGAAGUUGUAUAACGACAUAGAUUCAGGCACGGAACCGACUAACAGUGAUGCUGUUCAAAUGAGUAUCAAAAUAGCUAUUAAGAAGUUUGAGAAGGCUACAAACUUAGUAUCAUUAACGGGUAUGUUCAGUAAAAAUGAGAGUCUUGAAGAGCUACCGACAGAAACAUUACAGUAUCUCUUGCUGCCUACUCUGCUCGGCGCGCUCACUUUGAAGCUUAGUAACCAACCGCGAAGAGAACUUAUUGAAGUGGCUGAGAUUUAUUUCAGAGAUUAUCUACAGAGGUGCAAAGACUAUGGUGUCACAGAUAUAGAAGUACCACAACCAAGUGUUGAUAGUAAACAACGGGACAGGCCUCAGAGUGAACAAGCUAAAAUAACUAAUUUGGUACAAACAAGAGAAUCGAAGAUCAAAAGGUAUAAAGAAAUGAAAGACCUUCAACAACAAGUUGCUCUUUUAUCCAAAGCGAUGGCUUCUUCAACUGACGAAGAGAUCAAGAGGAAAUAUUUUACAACGUUAUUGAAAAGCUUUGUGAACCAGGCACUGGAUGAACUGGCCAGUAUUGAACAGGAGAAGCCCUUACUUGAGUACAUUUCUAAACAUGCGGGAGAGCCGAAGCCCAAGGAACGUCCGCGGGGGUCCCUGAAGCCAGUGAUCAUAACUCGGGACGCGGUGCAGAAGGCGGUUUUCGGUGCAGGCUACCCCGCCUUGCCCGCUAUGACCGUAGAGGAGUUCUAUGACCAGAGGGUUAAAGAAGGAAUCUUCCCAGGAGGGGGUACAAAUAUACCACACAAGAAAAUAGAAACAACACAGAAUGAUGGAGAUGAGGCGGAGAACAUACGAAAGGAGCAUUUAGAAGAAGAAGAUGACCCAGAAGAGCGCGCACGGCAGCAGAACAUGGACGAGUACAAAGACGACCAUCGUAGGGGUUGGGGCAACAGAUACAACAGGAGUUAA